CUUUAGUAGUGGUAGCACUUAUUUUUGUAUCAUCCCUUUGGUCCACAAACGCACAACGACUACAUGAUUAGGAUUGUGGCCGAGUGUAGACCAGGAGUUGACUUUUUAUAGAAAUUGGAAGACUUGCGCAAUCUUAUGCUGGAACAACGUAAUGAAUUUAUAAGAGAUAACCAAGAGCUUAAAAAUCGAUUAACUUUUCUUAAGACGAUAUGGAACGAAAGAAAAGUUUCCUCAGGGAAAACACAAAGUCUUGGUCAGAAAACACAAUGUCCUUUUUAUGCGUAUUAUUCCGCCGAUUUCAAGUCUUUACCGAAAGGUCAAAGAUUCAUCUAUGAUACUGUUAUUACAAAUAUUGGAAAUGGAUAUAAUGAAAGUACUGGAGCAUUCAUCGCCCCAACUUUCAGUGUCUUUGCCUUUUCUUGGACAUUGCAUGCAGCCGGUAGACACCUUUUCGGGGAAUCUGGACAAUAUGGCGAGAUGGGAGCACUUUUAGAAAAAAAUGGUAUUAUAAAAGGCUCCAUCGCUGCAGAUACAGAGAUGAAAAGUAAUCAAGGUACUGCUACCGGAUUUGUGAUUUUGAAUCUGACAGCUGGAGAUGAAGUAAAGAUUCUUUCUAAGUAUGAUGGUCAAGGGUCCAUGUACAGUAACGAUGUAUAUGGCCGAACAACAUUUUCUGGAUUCGUGAUUAAUCCAUAGUUCCAAGAGUUCCGAAUCACUACUGAAAUGUUUAUGGAAAUAAUAUGACUAAGAACUUACCUGCCGAUAUGCGCACAACCGUUUUUAUUUUAUUUUUGAUUAAUUCUAUAUUUAAUGCACAAUC